AUGAUAGAAAUUAAAAGUAAUAGAGAGGACACAUAAAAGAAGUUAUCUGAAUAAAUUUAUCAUGUUAAUUAACUUAUAGAAAAAUCAAAUAUAGAAGUCUUAUUCUAUGUUUUGAUGGAAACUAAACUUUAAGAAGAAUAUAGAUAAUUACAAAAAUUAAAAGAAUAACAAUGUUAAUUAAGAGAUUUAAUAUAGACUGAUUUUACAUAAUUUAAAUAGAUAUCUUCUAUUAGAGAUCUAUUUGUUAAGCCCUUUAAUAAAAAUUAGAUUAAUUUUCUUGAAAAUGUAUGUUGGUGUUCGGUUGAUUAUCUCAAUUUCUUCAUUUUAGCCAAUAAUUCUAGUUAAAAUAAGAUUAAUUUUUGUUUGGAUGAUUUUGAUCCAUCACAUAAUAAAAAUUGGAAAUAACAUUAGGAGAAAUAACAACGAGGUCCUCCAACAUAUAAAUAUGAUUAUUAUUAUCCAAGAUAAUGUCAGGGGUUUGGAUUGAAGAUUGACAAAUUUGGAUAGGAUAAAAAUUGGAUUAAAAAAGAUGGGAAUUAAAAUGAAUGGAGAAUAUUAUAUCAUGGUACUAAACAUCAUUUUGUAACAUCAAUUGUUUAAACUGGUUUAAAGCCAGGACCUGGUUAGAGCUAUUAAAAUGAUGUUGGAGUCGGAGUUUAUUUUUCAGAUAGAAUUUCAGUCACUCAGGGUUACUCAAAUGAAGUACCUAUUGGAACUCGAAAGUUUAGAGUAGCCAUAAUGUCAAGAUGCAAACCCUAGUCUGUUAAAUAAAGCUAAUCGAUGUAGUCAAGCAAUAUUUUUGUUGUAAACAACAUCCAAGAUAUUAGACCUUAUAGAAUUUUAUUAUAUGAAUAAGCUUGA